GCUGUAUUGAGGCAGACAGCCGUUGCUCCUGACCCCUCAUUUUCACCCUCAGACUUUCUCCGUAGAGCGCAGCAAAGGACGAAUAUUUUGGUCAGCUGUGCUUCAGGGCACUCAGGCAGAGGGCAGGCUCUAGGACAGCAUCCAGUACCAAACACGUGUAGUUUGCUGACACGCAGCCAUGAUGAAGACGGGCGCCACCAAGGUGGGCCUGCCCAAGCCAGGACUCCAGGAGCGGGCCAGGCAGGCAUCCUUGGCCCCCUCUUCUUCCACCACCACCACCACCUCCACAGCCAUAAAGACCUCCAGAUCCUCCAGCAUGCUGGCCUCAGACCAGCGCCUCAGCAGACUGAAAAGAGCCAGCAGUGAUGAUGCCUUAACAAAGCCUGCACUGGGAGCCGCUGCCUCUGGCUCCCGAAUGAAGAAGACUGUGACCACUGGAGCCAUCUCAGAUCUCGCUGAGGCCCGCCCUCGCAGCCUGUCUGGUGCACAAACAGCCAAGAAGUCUGGUAUCCCAGCUCCAAGAGAAAUCCCUUCUACCAUAACAAGAGACCGCAUCUCUCUGAGGGACCAGCUUAGGAGCUCUACCACUAAGAGGAUGGUUUCUAGUGCCAGCACUUCCAGCCUCUCUACCCUGGCAAAACAGACACGCAGUUCAACCAAGUCCCGCGGAGAUACAGAGGGCCAGGAAAGGGGCCUUCUGGAGUGCCAGGUGAAAGAGCUGCUGGCCGAGGCCAAGGCUAAAGACUUGGAGAUCAGCAAUCUCAGGAUGGAGUUGCAGCGCUGUAAAGGUAAAGCCUCCACUGUUUCCUCCUCACUGUCGCCCAAUUCUGUCUCACCCAAAGAGCCUGCUGCAGAUCAAGAGCAGGGACAGGUGGCGGAGGCCCUUGUGCUGGUUGGAGAGCUGAAGGAGAAGAACGGGAAGUUUCAGAGAGAGCUGGCAGCACUCAGGGAGGAGAACCAGGUGUUGAAGGAAAAGCUGCUUAGCUUGGAGGCCUCUCCUCUCUCUAGUACAAACACAAGCAGUCCCUCCAAGCCUUUGGUGAAUGGCCUGCCCUCAGACUCCAACUCCUCAGCUCCACAACAGGACAGUCUCCCUUCUACUGCCAGCCCUCUUAAAACCUCUGUCUCCUCCAGCUCUGACAUCACCAAGGGCUCGCCAUCGCCUGACUCCUCUGAGUUUGAGAAGAUCCCAUCACGUUCAGAGUCAGUGAGCAGCGGUAUCAGCGGGGAAGCUGUUGCAGUGGGGGCAGUAACCAAUGCAGUGGGGCAGGAUGUGUCAGUGCAGAGCCUGACAGAACAGAUUCACAAGAUGGAGGAGAGCCACCACAGCACAGCUGAGGAGCUGCAGGCAACUCUGCAGGAGCUGGCCGACCAGCAGCAAGUGGUGCAGGAGCUGACAGCCGAGAAUGAGCGUCAUGCCGAGGAGAAGCGCCUCCUCCAAACCUCACUUCAGCAACAGAGAGAACGUCUGGAGGUGCUGGUCCAGAAGAAUGAGGCACUGGCUGGCCGACUUCAGGAGCAAGCCCAAGCUCAGGCCCAGAGGGAGGAGGAGCUGGGUAGCCAAGGGCCUCGGCUGGCCGAGCUGGAGCAGAGGUAUGCCGAGCUGGUGGAGAGCUCCCGCUUUGAGAGGGAGAAGCUAGUGGACAUCCAGCAGCAGCUAACGGGCAGCCUGCGGGCUCUGGAAGAAGAACACCAGGAGUCCCAGGGCCAGGUGCACUGCCUCAGAGAGGAGAUGGACAGGCUGCAGGCCCAGCUGGACAGGGAGCUGGAAGCCGGAGGUCAGGCAGCACAGGCUGCAGAGGAGCAGAGGGCAACAGCAGACUGUCUCAGACUGGAAAACAGUAGGCUGAAGGCGCAGGUGGACAUUGAGAGGCAAAAAGUGGGUGAGCUGAAGGCCAUGCAGAGUGCCAGUGACAGUACUGAGGUACACAACUUGCUGAAGACAGCUCAUGCUGAGAGAGACAGGCUGGAGGUGGAGCUAACAGAGCUGAGGCAGGAGCUGCUACAGGCCCAGGCUGAGACUGAGCAUGUGCAAGCCACAAUGUCCAAGAUGGAGGCCAAAUGCCAGCAGGUUCAGGAGCGUGCCGAUAGGAGGGAGCAGGAGCUCAGCAGCCGAGUGACUUCCCUGGAGGAGAUCGGGAUCCAGGCUGAGAACCAGGUGAAGGAGCUGAAGGAGACCAUCUUUGAACUGGAGGACCAGGUGGAACAGCAGAGGGCAGUCAACUGUCACACCAACCAAGCUGUCCUGGACAUGGAAAAUCUAGUCAAAAAGCUGGAGGAGCAGAAAGCUGAAGCAGACCGACAACUGAAAGGCUUGAGUCGACAAAUGAAGGAUGAAAAAGAGGAGUGGCGACGGUUCCAGGCGGACCUCCAGACAGCAGUGGUGGUGGCCAACGACAUCAAGGUGGAGGCUCAGCAGGAGCUGCGUACACUCAGGAGGCAGCUGCAGGAGGAGCAGGAUCGCAGUGCAAAGCUCUCUACAGACCUUGAGGCCCUGCAGGGAGUCAGGUCCCAAGGUGAUGAGGUGAGGGUGUCUGACUCCGAUAACAGCCGUCACUGGUGCGGCAUCUCCAUGAUCCCGACCGCACCCAUAGACGCCAGCGGAGAUGCCGACUCAGAGCCCGGAGCUACUGUCAAAUCCCUUAUUAAGUCCUUUGAUACUGUGGGGCAGAAUGGACCAGGCCACACAGUUCAAAUGCAUUCCUCCCCAAGAAGCCCGCUGAGUGGCAUCCCCGUACGCACCGCACCCGCUGCUGCUGUCCCCCCAAUCCAGAGACAGUCAUACGUAAAACCACUAUCAAAGACAUUGGAAAAAAGGAUCAAUCAUGGAGAAUUCUCCCAUCAAUAUGAGAAGUUGUCGGGCUGCGUGGAAGACCUUAAACCUACCAGCCUCAUGAGGAAGAGCCCUUCUCUGGAGUCUGUAAUCAAAACCCCCGCCUCCUUCAGCAGCCGCACAGCAUCCUUCAGCUACAACCGAGGCAGCAGCAAGCUGAGUGUGGAAAGAAAGGACCCCUUGGCUGCACUGGCGAGGGAGUAUGGAGGAUCUAAGAGAAACGCUCUACUGAAGUGGUGCCAGAAGAAAACAGAAGGCUAUCCGAAUAUUGAUGUGACCAACUUCAGCAGCAGUUGGAGUGACGGCCUGGCUUUCUGUGCCCUGUUGCACACAUAUCUGCCAGCCCACAUCCCGUACCAGGAACUCAUCAGUCAAGAUAAGGUCCGGAAUCUGACCCUGGCUUUCCAGGCUGCUGAGAGCAUUGGCAUCAAACCCUCCCUGGACAUCGAGGAGCUGAUGAAGACGGACAGGCCAGACUGGCAGAGCGUCAUGCUGUACGUCUCCCAGAUCUACAAGUACUUUGAGACCUGACCAGCGAGGAAGGAGGAGCUGGAGACCGAUGGGUUGGAGGCACUGCAGCACUUUCCUGUCACCAUCUGUCAAGCACUACAUUCCCUUUUCCGGACAGACCGAGCGCUGCCACCUCAGCCCGUCUCCUGCUCGCCGUAACGUGACAGAGGAAUUUAAAACAGUCAUGGAGCCACAGUCAGGAAACACAUCACCGGUUUGAACAUGUGCCAAAUCUUCUGCCGAAACACAACUUAUACCAGACUAUCUAUGCAUGGUUAAAAUGGAGCCUCGUGUCUGAGUGUGCAGUGUGACGUCUCCUCUCACUGAACGACCUGCAGUCAUGAGGGAACCAGCGUUGACCAAACUUCUGGUCAGUUUUGGCCCUGUUUGCUUUAAAGAAUCGACUGAGUGCUUAAUGUGAACCAGCUGGAGCCCAGCAGAAAAUAUUUUGGCAGGUCUGAGUUGAACUGAAGCUUUUAUAUUUUCCACCUUUAAUUGUGUGUGUCCCUAAAGAUACUAUAGAAAUAAGACAACCCCUAGCUGCCAUCUGUGACACCACACUAAGACGAUUUAACACUAUGAGAGUUGCUGAAUAGUUUUGUAGAAAUAUUUUUCUGGAAACAGAUUGAUCUCUAUGUUUGCAGUGUUAAGGACUGGCUGAAUCAAACCAUCGUACUUUGCCCUCCUGUGUGUGUUUCUUCACGUUUUCCAUCAGGACUCUCUCAACAGCUACGGUACUGCAGCUGCUUUGCAAAAUAUCCAGAAGUAUUUUGCAUGCCGUGUCAAAUUAUGAAGAGAGAAGGUUACUUUUACAUGUACGAGUUGAGGCACAACACUUCCUCUGUGGUAAUGAUUUAGACAAGCCUUUAUUUGCAGAUGCUUUAUGUUUUGGAAGAUAAAAAGUGUUAUUUAUUUCUUUACAAGCAUCCUGAGAAGUGAGAUUGGGGACAGAAACAUAUGCAGUUUUCUAUUUACGGAUGUCAGAUUUGGAGGCCUGUUGGAUUGGUAUUACUCAAUAAAGGAUUGUAAAGUUUUA